UCUGGCUGUGUUCUGUUCUGUUCUGUUCUUUAACAGAGUUUAAGAUAGAGAGAGAGGGUUUGGUUUUUUUGCCUUUGCCAGCCUGUCAUUUAUCUUCAUUUUCUAUAAAUUAAUUUUAUCUUUUUUUAAUUACCAAAAGCUUUCUCUUCUCUCCAUUUAUAUAUAAAGGGCUUUGUUGUUUCAUUUAACAAUUUGGCUCUCCUCUGUUUCCUGCAUUUUGUUUCCAAAGACAAAGACUUAGGCCCCGCCAGAAACGUCAAGGUUUCUCCUUUGCCAUGAGUCUCUUUGGCCUCGGUAGCAGAAACCAGAAGACAUUUAGGCCUAAGAAGAAUGCUCCAUCCGGAAGCAAGGGUGCUCAGCUUCAAAAGCACAUUGAUGCAACCUUGGGUAGUGGGAACUUGAGAGAAGCUGUUCGGCUACCACCUGGAGAAGAUAUUAACGAGUGGCUGGCUGUAAACACGGUGGAUUUCUUCAAUCAGGUGAAUAUCCUGUAUGGUACUCUAACUGAGUUCUGCACUCCAAAUAACUGUCCAACAAUGACAGCAGGACCAAAAUACGAGUAUAGAUGGGCAGAUGGAGUUACUAUUAAGAAGCCUAUAGAGGUAUCGGCACCUAAGUACGCUGAGUAUCUGAUGGAUUGGAUUGAAGCUCAGCUAGAUGAUGAAGCAAUUUUCCCACAAAAAUUGGGAGCGCCAUUUCCACCAAAUUUUCGAGAUGUUGUGAAGACAAUAUUUAAAAGAUUGUUCCGAGUAUAUGCACAUAUCUACCACUCACAUUUUCAGAAGAUUGUGAGUUUGAAGGAAGAAGCUCAUUUGAAUACUUGCUUUAAGCAUUUUGUUCUGUUUACUUGGGAAUUCCGGUUGAUUGAGAAAGGAGAACUUGCACCUCUGUCCGACCUUGUGGACUCUAUUUUGCAGUUGUAGCCCAAUGAAUUUUCCCUUUUCCUUUCUUUCUUUGGAUACACAUUUUUGUGAGCUACUAUCUGUGAAGAAAAAGAUGCCUUUAAGCAUCUGUUGUCUCCUUUCUCAUCCAUUGGUUUUAUUUUCAUUAAUCAGAAAUCAACAGAAGGCUUAUCCCAUUGGAAAGUUUGUAUUAUUUUAUGGUUACGAGUGAUAGUUGCAUUUUGAGGAACCAAUAGGUUGGAAAGUGAAGUUGAUAUAAAUGUGGGAAUAUCCUUGAGGGCCAAUAUUCACCAAA